UGACGCCUUACGUCACUGAAUCAUGGCGGACAAGGGUACGGAAGGUUUGGCAGAAGCUGCGAAGCCGCUUACUCAAGCACAGAAAAACCUGAUCAAAAGACAACAGGAACUUCAACAAUGGCGGAAUAACUCACAGAAACUUAGAGGCCGAAAUGUUAUCACUGGACUCACGAUUGGAGCUUUCGUCCUCGGCAUGUUCACCUACACUAUUUUAUCAGUAAAGCAGGAGAGGAUCAUGGAUGAGAUUGAUGAGGAAGCCAAGGUCUUUAUCAUGAAGGGCCCCAGGACCGGAGCCAAUUCAUAACGCCACCAUGCCUCCGGUUUCAGCCACAGACUUUCAUCUCAAAAGAGUAAAACCACUUGUGAUGGUCUGAAAAUGAAUGGACAGAUAGCUUCUUUGGAUAUUUUGGGAAAUGCAUGCCACAGAUUUCAUGACACUGUAAUAUAAAAUAAAUAUUUAUGAUUUAA